AUGAGAUGGCUGACUCUCCUCCGCAAGAACAAAUGCGAGGACAUUGAUGAAAAGACUGUCAAGUCACUUCGGGGUAAGAACCAGAUGCUGGCCGCUCGGGAAGCCCCUGGCAACAUCUCAAUACUACCAACGAGUGACCAAGCCUUGGCCAAUCUUCGAGCGGAGAUCAGCAGAGGAAGAUGUAAAAAUUAUCACUCUUACUAUGAUCGCCAGAUCGGUGAUGUGGGGGAGCGCAUGGGACUGACUCGAAAGAUGUCUACCACCGCCUGGAAAAACUUACGAGAUAGGUUGCAUCCCAACCAGCCCACCAAGGAUGCCAAGGGCAAAACGAUUCAGUACUGGUGCCUUGGUGAUAUCUGCCCGGACGAGUACGUGAUCCUAGGGGACUGGGACGUCCUUGGUAACUUGCCUCCAAGGAAACGACAGAAGCUCAAGGAGGAAACGGUCAAAAAGUCGACGCCUCUGACCAAAACCACCACACCACUUGCAGCGUCAGCCACGCCAACUUCCCUGCCCAAGGAUGCGGCAGUCUAG